GUGUCAGAAGGCGGCCAUUGUAAAUAACAAACGGCGAGCUGGAAUUGGAACCAAUCUGCCUUCUUUUCUCGAUCUUAUUGUUUAAAUCAAAUAAGGAUGGCUGAGAACAUUUUCCUUUUUGUACCUAACAUAAUUGGGUAUUUUCGGAUUCUGUUCACCAUCUUGUCUCUGUUCUUCAUGAGAAGUUGCUACCAACUGGCUACACUCCUAUACCUCCUAGGCUCCUUCUUGGAUGCAUUUGAUGGACACUAUGCUCGUAAAUUCAAACAAGGGACCAAAUUUGGUGCUAUGCUGGACCAGUUGACUGAUCGAUGUGCUACUCUGUGCUUGACCAUGGCUUUAUGUGUGCUGUAUCCUGAGUACAUGGUCCUCCUGCAAUUGAGUGCUGCACUGGACAUAGCAAGCCAUUGGCUGCAUCUCCAUAGUUCUUUGAUGGGAGGUAAAACAAGUCAUAAGUUGAUUGAUCCAUCUGAGAACCCUAUCCUAUCCAUCUAUUAUACAUCAAGGCCAGUACUAUUUGUCAUGUGCUCAGGUAAUGAGCUCUUCUAUUCCAUGAUGUACCUCUUGUACUUCACAGAAGGACCUACUGUGAUGUCUAUGGGUCUCUUCCGUAUGAUAUUCUAUAUAUCAACUCCCAUUGCGAUUGUAAAAGCCAUGAUCAGUGGUGUGCAUCUGGUCGUUGCAUCUAGGAACAUGGCUACCAUUGAUGUUGCAGAGAGGGAGGCUGCAGCUCAAUCAAAAAGCCAGUAAAUAUUUUAACAUACCUGUAUAUCAAUGAUGGUCAAAGCAGUUGUCACAAAAAACAUUAAGUGCAAAUUCUGUUCCCUGUUUAUGCACUAACUUAGGGUUUCCUGGGGGGGGGGGGGGGUGGGGUGUUAAAUGGAGGAUGGGUCUGAUGUGGAUUUUUGCAUACUCCAAGUGGGUUGAUGCACAAAAAGAGGACAGCCGACACAAUAUCUCUUGAAUGAAUAGAAAGGAACUUUUGCUGGUGUUUUUUUUUCAUCUUUUCCUUUAUUUCUGUCACCAUUCAUCAGAGGCUGAGCAAAACAUGCCUAUUAACCAAAUAUAUUUAAAAUUAUAUCUGAGAUUUUCAUUAGUUUCAUUGAGUUACUUUGAAGGCCACACCUAUCCAUCAUAGCGAGGUAUAUACAUGUACGUUUGUACGUAUAUAAGUUCAUUAUGUUGAAAUGAAUACAGAUACAUUCCCAUUUGGGUCAAUGAAGAAAAUCGUAUUUUCUGUAUGGAAUAGAAUUAUCAACAACUUUGUCUUACUCAGAUAUAAAGCCAUAUAAUGCAGGAUGUAAUUGUGUAGACAGGAAUAAAAAAAUUGUAAAUUAUUUUCGCCAGCACAUCCUUGUCUAGCUUUAUAGAGACACUAGACAUUGCAGUAUUUCCUUAAAUUGAUUUAGUAUUAAGGAAAUACUGCAAUGUUUGCUGUGUGAUGUUGUUUUGAUCAUGAUAUAUUAUGUUGUUUUCCAAACUUAGUUUGACCUUUCUAGUUCAUCUCUCUGGUAUCAAUAUUAUGAAAUUUCCUUGUUUCAUAUGAUUUGCUUGAUGAAUAUCAUAUAACCUUUCAGAAUGGGAAGGUAUCAACCAUACAAUAAUUUAUCUUACUUUUGUAGUAUUUAAAGGUACUGUACUAAUAUUUACAGAACAAAAUGGGAUUAACUUAUUGUUUUUUUUUUUUCAUUAUUACUGCAGUUAUGUAUGUCAUGUAGUCACAAUGUUCAGUGGUAAUAAUAUAUAUGGAUAUCAUUAAUGUUAAACAUUGGUACCGUUGGCAAAUUAGAAUCUUGCCAAAAAGGAAUGAGUAUUUGAAGAUGCUGUUUUAUUAAUUUCCUGUUUUCAUUUGAUAUAGUCACCUUGAUAUCAUUGCAUAAAUCACGAUAAACAAAUACACUGUUAAAUAGUAUUUGUUUAUGAUUAUCAUUUUAUUCACUUCAUAAUUUGUAAAUUAAUUUUACCAACUCGUAUGAUUUGAAAAUUUUAAGAUGUUAGUAUUGUGACUGUGAAUUCAAUUUGGAUCUUUCUUUGUAUCAAGUAUGGAGUUCAUUCUGAAGUGCUGAUAAAUGUUAAAUAAUUAGAUUUCUUAAUCAUGCAUUUCAGAAAGUAAUUGCAAACAAACAGUACUUUUGAAGAAAAGUAAAUUUGCGCCUUCAUGUUAAUGUACAUUAAAUUUAUUGAAAUACCACAAGUGUGGGAUGCUAAUUGUCGCCACAUGCAUAUUAAUUUUUUAGUUAUUACAGGUUUUAUGAUCUGAGGUACAGGUUAAGUAUGUUUCCUGGAAUGAACCAUUUAUUUUUUAUCUUUCAUGUUACAAUACCCUUCAGUAUUCUUCAACUCUGUGUAAUACACAGAUCACUUUAUUUGAUCAUUAUUAUAAAAAAUUAUAAUGUGAAUUAGAAUAUCAUGAAUGUGAAGUUUUUCUUUAAUUUUCUUAUAGUAUUUGUAAUAUCAUCAUAAAAUAAUAGUCAUCCUGGUGAAAUUCACACCAGAUUCAAAAUCAAGAUUUGCCCUCACUAACUUAACAGAACAUUUUUGUGAAAACAAAAUUUUUGCAUAUUCAUUGAUAUGAUUAUUUAUGUAUUGCUUAUAUUUAUGUCACUAAAUAUUUCAUAUGCACAUUUAAUUUGAUUGAGAUUAAGCCCUUUCCACCAUAUACUUCAUGAAUUUUAAGCUCAUUUAAUAGAAAAGAGCAGGGCUCUUUAUUUAUGUGACCACAUCAUUCAAUACACAUUUCCUCUACAAGAGAUCUAUAGAAUUUGUUUUUGUGAAGUUGUGCAAUUAUAUCUAGAGAGUUUGGUGGCAUAUUUUGUGAGAAAUAUCAAAUAAAUUACUACAAUUCAAAUGUA